AAAACUCCCAUCCUCGUAGAUAUCGUCUCUACAUGCAUACCUCACUCUCCUUUGUCCUCUUAUGUAACCACUUCCACAAUACCAAUAAAAACACACUUAUUUUUACACAUACAAGCAUCACCUAUACUUGCUAGUAAGCUAAUUGUCAUAACUAAAGUAGUUGAGAGUUAAGAGCAAACAUGUCUGUCUCAAGUUUUACAGCUCCAAUUGUUGGAUCAACUUAUCUUGGUUUAAAAUCAAAUAGAUCCAACUUUUUUCCUGCUGCUAAGGAUACAAUUACUUGGAGUAGAAAAACUAUCUCCAAUGGCUCUAAAUUUUACUGCAUGAAGACUUGGAAUCCUAUUGACAAUAAGAAGUUUGAGACACUAUCAUAUCUUCCACCUCAAUCAGAGGAGUCCAUUGCAAAGGAGGUUGAUUACAUAAUCAAAAAGGGUUGGGUUCCUUGCCUUGAAUUUGACCAGGUGGGAUAUGUAUAUAGGGAAAAUAGCAACAUGCCAGGCUACUAUGAUGGGAGAUAUUGGACACUGUGGAAGUUGCCCAUGUUUGGCUGCAAUGACUCUUCCCAGGUUCUCAAUGAAAUCCAAGAAUGCAAGAAAGCUUACCCAAAUGCUUUUAUUCGUUGCUUGGCGUUUGAUAAUGUUAAGCAGGCACAGUGCAUGGCCUUCCUCAUUCAGAAACCUGCACCAUAAAAUUUAAUUUGCUACUUUUGUACUGUUUGUUCCAAAAACAACUGAGCUCUAGCCUUAAGAGGGUGAGAUUUAACUAAAGGUUUAUGGUUGAAAUUGUCUUUCUUUGUUUUGCAAAAAUAAUGGAAUGGCUACAUGUUAUUUACAACAAGGCAGUAAGUGGUAAUAGCUAUUGAAGGGAAACAAAUGUUUUAAGAUUUA